UUCCAAUUUGCCAUUUUUCGGCUAUUAACCUGUAAUGCUAAAUGUUGGCUGUCUGUCUUUUUUAAAGCACUAGACAAAACUUUUAUUUUGGUGUGGAGUUAUGACGCCAUAAGGCUGCUGCGCACUCCCGCGUCUGUGACUCGGCUGAAAAAAAGGACAAAGUGUUCAAACAGACAGAAAAACUCUUGGAUUAACGGAGAUCCACGUGACACUGUUAUAAAGAUGGAGUUUAUUAAAGAGGAGAGUGAAGACAUGAAGAUUGAAGAAACAUUCAAACAUGAAGAUACUGAGGAACAAACAAAGAUUGAGUUUAUUAAAGAGGAGAGUGAAGACAUAAGGAUUAAAGAAACAUUCAGAGUCAAACAUGAAGAAACGGAGGCACAAACAGAAGAGAGUCAAGAACUGAAUGAAACCGAAGACAAAGAUCAAAAUGAGAAUCAGCAUGAUUUCAAAACGGAAGAAAAAUCGAUUGGUUGUUCACAGAAUGAAAAGAAUUCAACACCAAAAAAAUAUAAAAAAAUGCAAAGGACAACCCUUAAUUGCCAGAAGAGAAUUCACACUGGAGAGAAACAUUUCACCUGCCGAAAGUGUGGAGAAAUUUUCAAUAACAAAGAAAGCCUUAAAGUCCACAAGAAAAUUCACAUUGAAAAGAAACUGUCAAUAUGCUGUCAGUGUGGAAAGAGUUUUACACAGAAAAGUCACCUUAAUAUCCACAUGAGAAUUCACACUGGAGAGAGACCUUAUACCUGCAAACUGUGUGGGAAGGGUUUCAGACGAAAAGGACAACUUAAGAAUCACAUGACAGUACACACUGGAGAGAGACCACACGUGUGUAUUCAGUGUGGAAAGAAUUUUACACAGAAAAAAAACCUUGAUGUCCACAUGAGAAUUCACACUGGAGAGAAGCCUUACACCUGCGAACAGUGUGGGAAGAGUUUCAUGCGAAGUGGAGACAUUAAAACUCACAUGAGAGUUCAUACUGGAGUGAAACCUUACACCUGCAAACAGUGUGGAAAGAGUUUCACACGUCAAGAAAACUUUAAAACUCACGUGAGAGUUCACACUGGAGAGAGACCGUUCAUAUGUGGUCCGUGUGGAAGAAGUUUCUUAUAUAAAGAAAGCCUUAAUUAUCAUAUGAGAAUUCAUUCAAGAGACAACAGUUUUGCAUGUCAUCGGUGCCAAAGAAGGUUCACAGACACAGAUCAACUUCAGGAUCAUGUUAAAAUUCACAUCGGAGAAAAGCUUUUCAUGUGCCAUCACUGUGGAAAGAGUUUUAUAAACAAUGCAAACCUUGAGAAUCACAUGAGAGUUCACAAAGGAGAGAGAUCUUUCACCUGCCCUCAUUGUGGAAGGAGUUUCACCUCAAAAAGGAAUUUAAAGAUACAUGAGAGUGCACACAGGAGAAAGAUUCACAUUUCUAAGCAAACUGAAACAUAAUUUGCAAACUAAUUCUGGUAAGAAAUCACAGUUUUCCUCAGAGAGACAAGAGGUUUAAAAAAAGGGAGCGAUUUCUUGGACUACCCCAUUCUCAUUUCUUUAGAAAGGUACAGGAACGGUAUUACAUUAAAAUCAAUAUGCUAAUUUUGAAACUUACAAAUCCCCUGAGCGUCUUUGUAUGACAUCUGAACUCAAUUUGAAGGGUCUUCAUUCUAGAUUUGUUGAAUAUUUUAAGAGUUCCUCCUAUCCAACAUUUGAAGAUGUCCUGGGAGAAAGACCUCAGUAUAGAUAUUUCAAGACACUUAAGCCCCUUUCACACUGUGAUUCCGGAUAAUACAUGGGUAAUGUGUCCCGACAAUUGUUCCAGGGUCGCUAGAUUUUGCUCCUUUCACACUGCCAGUGAUUACCUGGAAUUUGUGCGUGCGU